AUGUACUUACAGGCUUGGAAUUCCACAUCCGAUCGCUUCGGUACCUCCGAACUACCUGAGCCGUCAACCUGUAAACAUCAGAUUCAACCAAAUUACUCUCCAACACUUCGAACUGUAAUCCACCCCCUUUUCAGCUAUGAAACCCAUUUGAAAAAUGGCGAUGCUUUCGACAUGAGACGAGUAGAAACCUCUGCUACCGGAAAUGUUUCCGCUGUGCUAGCAUUUUCUCUGCGAUCGUUCUGCGACGAUUCCGACUUCGAAAACUACCCAGAUGACGUCUACAAGUGUUGCUUCACCCUCGAACCACAAGCUAACCCUGUUCGUUUUUCUCAAACUACUUUCUUCAGAGGAAUUAGUACGUUCCAGGACAUUAUCGAGUUUGACACGUCAGGUUUACCUAUUUUCACUGAUCCAAAAUACUUCCGAGAUUACGGCUGGAAGGUGUCCGGUACCGUGCCACAGAGCUUAGAGGACCCCGCGCAGGUGGCGCAGCUUGGCUUCUGUUUGAACCUACAAAGAUCGUCUUCAUCAGUUCGUAUUGAGCUGACAGUGCCAAUGAUGGUGUGUGCACUGCUAUUCCUACUCACUCCUUUCCUUGGUGUGAUUAAAAUACAGGUGCACGAACAAACAGUAUUACGUGUGAUAGUACUCAUGUGUCUAAUGGUUUCUUUAUAG